AUGGCCAAAAAAGCCAAAAUCCCCAGCGAAGUGUCUAAUAAUGCAGACUCGCCAGCAAAGAAGAGACAACGUGACGCUGCGGCCCCGGAUGCUCCAUCGCCCUCUUCGACCAGUCCUGUUUCGAGGCCCAAGAAGCGAAAGAGGGAAAAGGCUGAAUCCGCUGCCACGACGCCUCGCAAAAAUGAAAACCCGGAAGGAUUGCAGUCGCCCGAAAUCGAUAGCCAAGAUAAUCAUUCGAAAAGUCAAACUAAGAAGAAAAGUGCUUCAUCGGCGGAUCGUAGCAGUCCAACGACAGACGCCAAGGAUACUGGGACGAAAAAAUCGAAAAAGCGCAGAAGUCUCUCGCCUGUUGAAUCCUCUACGGGCACUCCAUCUUUGAAGGCUGGCUCUGAGAAAUCCAGGUCAAAAAUUCUGGAUGUCGAUGAACAUGAUGAACACCAUUCUAGUACGCCGAAGAAGAAGAAGAAGAAGCGAAAUACGCCAAAAGAUGCAGCGAGCCCGUCAUCUGACGAGGAAGACACAAACGAAAAAUAUCACAGCAGAAGGAGCAAGAAUAAAGAAGCAAGCGAUGAUACUUCAACCCCCAGUCGCAAGCGCAAGCACCAACAAACUCAGGGACGGAAGCUAGAAGAUGACGAUCCCACCACUAAGCAUUCUAAAAUCAUGAAGAAGUUUGAAAAGUCAACAAAGGGGAAUAAACCCAAUGAAGAAGAUGCAGAUCAGACGAACGACAGCGAGAAAGAACUAGAUGAAACCACAGCAGUUGUUGCCAAAGGUUUGGAGCCGCUUCCCCAGCCACAACCUGCUCCAGAAAAGGGCGAAAAGCCUACUUAUUCUACAAUGCCCAAUUGGAUCACCACGCCGAUUACAAAGUCGCCAUACGAGAAGAAAGACGACCAGCUCAUUGAUUUCAGUAGCUUGAACCUCGAUAAAGGAAUCGUUUCCAAGCUCGAGAAGCACGGAUACAAAGAGGCAACCGCCGUCCAGGCAACUGUAAUACCGCUUCUGAUUAACCGGGCCCAUCGUCACUACGGCGACCUAUGUGUAUCCGCUUCCACUGGAUCUGGCAAAACUCUGUCGUACGUUCUUCCGAUGGAUCAGUCUCUCGAGCGAGAGCCACUUGCCAGACUUCGCGGACUCAUUGUGGUCCCAACCCGAGAACUAGUCAAACAAGCUCGAGAAUCAUUUGAAGCGUGUGGCAGCAAUCUACGAAUUGGAACUGCUGUUGGCAACGUUGCCUUGAAAGAUGAACAGCAAAAACUCAUCCGAUGGGACCAGGUGUACAACCCUGAGAAUUACAUCGCAAAUCAGCAACGAGCAUUUACAGGUAGUGAUUGGGAUAAUUUCGACCUCUUGAAAUAUAAGGACGAGGUCAACCGUUCUAGCUCUUCCUUGUCUCAGUACAUCCAAAUGCCACAGCCUAAUGUUGACGUCCUUAUUACUACACCUGGUCGCUUAGUUGACCAUAUUCGUCAAACCGAGGGGUUCAGUCUACGACAUUUACAAUGGCUGGUGAUUGAUGAAGCUGAUCGUCUGCUUAAUGAAAGUUUUCAAGAAUGGGUUAGUGUGCUCAUGACCGAGUUGGACAAGGCGAAGACUGUCAACCUGGGCGGACCAGUUAUGGACAACAUCGGCCAUCCUCUGAGGUCUUCGAGUCCUAGAAAGGUUAUCCUGAGUGCGACGUUGACAAAUGAUAUCACCAAAUUAAACUCUCUUCGCCUCGACAACCCCAAACUGGUGGCUAUUGGCUUGGAGGGAGCCGAGUCCACGGAAGUGGCCAAAGAGAGUGAGCAGUUUGUUCUGCCCUUGUCUUUGGAAGAACAUUAUUUACCUGUCGAUGAUGGGUCUGAGAAGCCUGUUCACCUGAUGAGGUUGAUUCUUCAAGAGAUCAACAGGACCACGUGGGGUUCCAUUGCGACUCCAGCUUACAAACUGGAAACUGGGAACAAACACGAAUCAAGCGAUGAAGAUACGUCUUCAGACGAUACUAGCUCGUCGGGCAGCGACACUAGCGACAGCGACAGCGACAGCGAGAGUGAGAGUGAGAGUGAUUCUAGUUCCGACGCUACAUCGAGCUCUGGCAGCAGUUCUGGCAGCAGUUCUGACAGCAGUUCUGACAGCAGCUCUGACGAAUCCGAGUCGGAAUCCGAGUCCGAGUCCGACUCUAGCUCUGAAGAAACUUCUGUUGACGAACCCUUAGUCCAGUCAACCAAACCAAGCAAAGUCGAUACCAAAUCCGUGCUCAUCUUCACCAAGUCCACCGAGUCUGCGGCUCGAUUAUCCCUCCUCCUUGGCCUUAUGAACCCGUCUCUAAAGGAGAAAAUUGGCACCAUCGUCAAGUCGAACAACUCUUCUUCAUCCCGUAAGACUCUCAAAGACUACCGUGCUGGCAAAGUCAAAAUCAUCGUGGCGACGGACCGUGCGUCUCGCGGAAUAGACUUGGUCGACCUCGGUGCGGUAAUCAAUUACGACAUUCCUACUAGCAUCACAACUUAUGUCCAUCGCAUUGGCCGUACUGCACGUGCAGGCAAGACUGGGCAUGCAUGGACGCUCGUUGAGCACCGUGAAGGUUUAUGGUUCCAGAAAGUCAUUGUCAAGAGCCAGAAUGUGGUUCGCUCCGGGAAAGUUAUGAAGUACACCACCGCGAAGAAGAACACCAAGGCAAUGCGAAAAGAAUUCUCAGCUGCUCUGGAGAAACUGGAAAAGGCUGUAAAGGGAUAA